CACAUUGUUUAACACAGAAGAAAAACGUAAACAGGAAGUAGAUUCUCUGUAAAAACCAACGAGCGAGAAUCAACGUCAUCAAACUGAGAAACUGCUGAAUUAAAGUUAGAUCAAAGGAUUUCACCGCCGAGACUUUGAGCUGUACGGAAACCGGUUUGUGACAAACUUCAUUCCACAUCUGAGGGGGGAUGUUUGUUUCCCUCACACGUCAGAAGGUGUGGGGUGCGCUUGUUUUGCAGACAUGUCGGUGCAGGUGUGGUGUCUGUCGUUCCGGCAGCCGUACGCCGGUCUGAUUCUGGACGGGGUGAAGACGCUGGAGAGCCGCUGGAGGCCCCUGCUGGCCCCGCUGGAGAACCAGACCCUGGCGGUCCACAUUGCCCAGCGGGACUGGGAGGGGGACGAGUGGCGGGCGGUGCUUCGCGGCCCACUGGGGAUGACCGAGGCUCAGAUCCACGGUCUCCUGGAGUCCGGGGAGCGGUUCGGCCGCGGCGUGGUGGCAGGAUUGGUGGAUGUGGGCGUGACCUCGGUGUGUCCCGCCACCAUGCUGGAGGAGGAGCUUCAGCACCUGGAGAGGUCGGCCGUUCUGGUUGGUCUGCAGGAGAAACACGUGACUCACCUGUCCAACCCUCGCUGGCUGAAAGAGCCCCUGAGCUCCCGAGGAGGUCGCGACCCCUGGACUGUGGAGAUCCCCACGGAGCUUCUGCCAUGAGGACACGUGAUGCACACAGGGCCGGUGUCUCCUGGGAUCAGAUCUCACUUCCUGACCUACAUGCAGAUUAACACGCGUGUCCUGUGGUAAAGACCAGUCUGAGUUUACAGACGUGUGCGUGUGUGGGAGCAUGUGAAUGAAAGUAUUGAUCUCUAUCUUGUGAUCAGUUUUGAUAUUGUGAUUGUUAGGACGUCAGCUGAGAGGACGUCCUUCACAUGUGGACCAGGAUGGAUUUGAAAGGACUCUGUUAGAGGAUGUGGACUCAUGUGGUCUGGUGGGAUCAGAUCUGAUCUGAUUGGUUCACACCUGAACAUUCGUUUUCCUCAGAGAAAGAAUCCAGAUUCUUCAUGUUGCGCCACCUGCAGGUCAAACUGGACACUUCAGGCUUCAGCUCCUCCUCCUGUCGUCCAGACUCAAUAAAGUGAAGUACACUAAUAUAUCAUACUAAUGCAACAGUCAACAUCUUGUAUUGUUAACCAUGAAAAUCUUCACUGAGGGAAUAAAACAAUGUGAAACAAAA